GCAUGUAGGGCUAUGACUUGCAUGACAAUCCUGACGGCACAGACUUGUUCAUGCAUGACGCCCGUCCCACAUCUACCGUGUAUUAAGCCAGUCGCACAGUACACGUACACUAGUUUGCCAUUACUUUAAUACAAGGUUAGGAUCUGUAUUGGUGAGUGACUAGGUGUUUGCUGUUUUGUCAAGUUAUCAGUUUGCUUCUUCUUAUUAGCAAUAAUGUCUUUUGGAAACAAUGCUGUCGGAUGUGAUGGUAAUCGACCAUUAGUUUUAUACAUUCAUGUGAGUACAACCGACACACAGCAAGACACAAGGCAGAGCGUUUUUAAAAACACAUCAGCUGCGAGUAGCUAUCCACAGUUUGAGCUUCGCACCAAGACUAUAGAGGGAAAGUCUGUAUUUGAUGAAAUGAUGACCUUUUUCUGGAAUGAGAUCACCAAAGCAGACUACCAGAGAUUACAGAUGAUCAUUAUUAACGGGUAUGGGCAGAUCAACACUGGCUGCUUUGGAGAUAGUGAAUUUACCGGAGCUUAUCUCAAACUGAUUCUACUUUCACUUAUACACAGAUUUUCACCGGAGAUGAUCAACAACAACACCACCACCACCUCACAUCAAAUAGCAGUAGUUUGUGCCCAGUGUUACAGUCACAUAUUUGUCCAGCAUGCAAAAUGCGUUCCCGCCUCAGAUCCAGUCUUUCACUUCAUUCCACUCACUACUGGCUACCAGCCAUACUUGGUGAAUCCAGAGUUACCAGAGAAAAUACCCUGGGUCAAAUGGGACACUAGAAGUUUCUUGAAAUCCUUGUUGCUGUCACCAAGAAGAAGCAUAAGCAGUGAGGACUACGUGUUAGGUCCAACUAGCUCAUCACCUAGGCCAGGUUCACGUGGUGGUGGUUACAGGGAAAUCACCCAGUCACCAACAAGUCCCUGGUAACUACCACCCAUCAUCAACGGGUACAGGAGGACUGUUGUAACAACAUCCAACGAGAGUAGGCUAGUCCUUGACAAAGGACUCGUCCUCUUCAUUAUUCUAAACUAUAAUUAGCCGUCAGGGAAGAUUCUUGAUGGAUCUGACUUAUUUAUAGGCUCGCUACGCCCAGAUAUGUGGGUCAGUAUUGGGCUCACAGUUCUGUUAAUAAUGACCCAUGGGUAGACCCGAUUCUAAUCCAGGGGUAAAAUAGGCGACGAAACAAAAAAUAGUAAAGAACCAAAACCUGAAUCAGUUUGGUUUCAGGCCUGUUUAAAAUGUUUUUAUUAUUAUUUUAUUAUUUUUUUAGCGUUUUCUAUUUUUACAAUUGUGUUAUAACAAAUAAAAUCUUUGAUGACAUUCUGCACAACAUUUUGGGAUAAAACUCGUGGUAUACGAAGCAAAACGCGCCAUGUUAGUUUCCUUUUUAAAGUAUCCACUCACCAUACGUUCAAACUCCUCAAGUGUGUAGGCCUACUUGUUGAUGACAUUUCGGCUAAUCAAGAUCUCGAUAUUCGCAAUUCAUUUGCCUUUGAUAAUGAAGUCUAUACAAAAUUAAUUUGAACUUUGUAAAAAUGCUUUUUGGGACGGUCACACUUCCAUUGAGAGGUGCAGUUAUUAAUACCAGUGCCCAGUUCAUUGAACCAAUGUUGGAUGUCGCUUAUUCGAUCAUAAUGCGACAGAAACGCGAGUUUUUAUCAAUGGUAAGCUUCUAGUUUUACCCUUGAUUUUGUUUUCAUAUCAAGUCACGAUUUGUAGAAAAGUCAUCCUUAAAAAUUCAUUAGACGGUAACUUAUUGUAAUCGACUAUUUUCGCUAUACAUGUAGUUAUUUAAGUUUUUGUAAUGAUCAAACUUGUUUGUAAUAUGGGUGUAAUGAUCAUGCCGGUACCUUUUUUUAAUCAACAUUGUUAUUUUAGUUUCAAAUGAUUUAUUGUAUGCUUGUACUUAUAACCAUCCUAAGCAUUAAACCAUAUAGUGCAGACAAUAA